AUGUCGUGCUUGGCAUCAUGCUGUGCGUCCCCAACGUGCGGUCUCUGCACAUCGGUGGCCUCCGGCAUCACUAAACGCUCUGCAAGGAUCGCCUACUGUGGCCUUUUUGGUGUCUCCUUGAUUCUAUCUUGGAUUCUCCGAGAAGUCGCCACUCCUCUUCUUAAACACUUUUCAUGGAUAAACACUUUUGACAACCUCCCAAAGGAAUACUUUCAAGGGUUUAAUCCAUCUGGUCACGACUGUGGUCUUAAUAUCUUUUUCAUUGUGAUGACCAUUGUUCUUGCUUUUGCUUUCGCCGUUGUUGCGUUACUCCCUAAGUUCUAUCUGUUUUAUAUUCUGCACUCCGUGCUGGAUCUUCAACAACCUUUUUAUCCCCUCCGUCUUCACCCUGAGCAGGUGGGACGACACCUCUUCUACAAUCAGAUGACCCAGAAUUGGGAAAAGGAAACAAAGAAGCCGAAGCACGACCUUAGUGAUGAGAGCUCGGAGUACAUUGAUGUCGGGUGGACAUCAGUUUGGGUUCGAAUCUGCACUGAAUGGAUCACUGCUGCAUUGUAUGCUUGGUCGCUCAUGGCACCAUUGAUCUUCCCCGAUCGUGAAUUUUACUAA